AUGGGAAUGCAAAGCUCUGUAGACGAUCUAUUGGUCUGGACAAAGGCAGUGAUGAGAGAAGAUAUGGAAGCGGAGCAAUGUCCUGACCAAGUUUACAAUCAUCCUUCCAUCUUGAGAGGCGCCACUGUGGCGAGACUGCCAUUCUUUCAGACAUGGAGCAGGGACGAUGUCAACAGUUGGGCAUACUGCAUGGGUUGGACGAAGACAAAGAUGCCAACAUCAAGGUUUGGAGCUCUUUCAUACAAUUUUGCAGCACAGGAUCAUCGAUUUGCUCAGCCGGAGAAGUACAUCAUCGGGGGGAACGAUACUACCAACAGAACCAUCCUUCAAUGCAACGGCACAGUAAAUGGGUCAAAUUGCGGACUUUACACUUUCCCGGAGACAGAGAGUGCUAUUAUGGUUUGUUGUAAUGGCCUUACAAAUGGCGACGCUGCUGAUUGGGCUGCUCGUAUCUUAACUCAAGCUUUGUUCAACCUGCAGCCUCGCAUAGAUUUCCUCGAACUAGCAAGAAUUGAAGCCGAUGCGCGGAACGCACAUUACCAGGCUAUGUUGACAGAAUGGCACAGCAAUUAUGACCCAGUUCCUCAAAGUGUCGCUGAUGUUUUGAGGUUCGUCGGCAUCUACAAUGGAAUGGCAACAAGUUUGACCAUCACAUCUCGAACCAAAACAUACGAUGCCGACCCCGCUAGUCUUAGUAGCCCUGCUAGCGACAGCGACCGCUCCUCCCUAGGACUUCAUGUUGUUUUUAAUGACAUCUAG